AUGCAGAUUGAGGUUGGAUCGCGAUUGCCGGUGCGCAAAGCAGAGCCAACCGGCUUUGUAUGGCAGAAAGCAGAGAUCAUCAGCACGCGGACGGCUGCAGACGGGUCGCAGAGCUACUAUGUGCACUUUGUCGAUUUCAACAAGCGACUGGACGAGUGGGUUGGCUUUGAUCGUCUGGACACGAGCAAGAUUGAGCCGCCCAAGCCGCCCGCAACGCUCGACAAGAGCAAGACAGGGCCUGGAAGUGGCCGCGGAAGUGCAAGUGCUGCUCAGCGCAAGCGCAGGGUCGAGGAAGAUCCGGUCCAGCUCACCCCAAACAAGCUCACCGCACUGCAACACGCAAACAGUGUCGGUCCCGACCUCGCUGCGUCGCGUGCCGACACUCCACUUGGGACUGAUGGAGAGCUCCGAUCUUCCGAGAUUGAUCCCGCAACUCCACUUCCAAUCUCGUUUGGCGCAGCUGGCCUUGCAGAGGCUGGGACGGCCUCCAGUACUGCGCCAGGCACGCCAGGCGUUGAGGGAGCCAACAAUCUGUCGGCCGGCGGAUCGAUGCGGCGCGGUCCGCCAAUGACGGGGAGCAUCUGGUCGUCCGACGAUGUUGUUACCCGCAUGAAAAACAUUGAUCUCAUCGAGAUGGGUCGCUUUCAAGUGCGCCCCUGGUACUUUUCGCCCUAUCCAGAAGAGCUCACCAAAGGCCCCAUUCUGUACAUUUGCGAGUUCUGCCUCAAGUAUCAGCCGACCAAGACUGCGUUUUUGAGGCACAAGGACAAGUGUGGGUUGCGUCACCCGCCCGGCAACGAGAUUUAUCGCAAGGACACGCUUUCUGUCUUUGAAAUUGACGGCCGCAAACAUCGGAAUUACGCACAAAACCUGUGCUUGUUGGCAAAGCUCUUCCUCGAUCACAAAACCCUGUAUUACGACACAGAUCCGUUUCUGUUCUACAUCAUGUGUGAAAUUGACGAUCGAGGGUCUCAUCUCGUUGGCUACUUUUCCAAGUCCUCCGAAGACUAUAAUGUUGCCUGUAUUCUAACAUUGCCGCAGUAUCAAAGGAAGGGCUAUGGCCGCCUUUUAAUCGAAUUUAGCUACGAACUCUCCAAGAUUGAAGCCAAGGUUGGAAGCCCAGAAAAGCCAUUGUCUGACUUGGGUUUGCUCAGUUAUCGGAGCUACUGGUCGUUCGCCAUUCUCGAAACGCUGCGCAACUAUCAGGGCAGCAUGGCCAUUGCUGAUUUGAGUGCGUACACGUGCAUCAAGCGGGAGGACGUGCUGAGCACCCUCCAGCAUUUGAAUCUCAUCAAGUACUACAAGGGCCAAUACGUGAUUGUCAUUCCCGUGGAAAUGGCGGAAGCCCACGACAAGCAAGCGGCCAAACUCAAAGUCCGCAUUGACGACCAGUGUAUCAUCUGGCAACCAAUCGACUGGGUCAAACGUGGCAAGUGGUAG